AUGGCGUCGCAGUACUACCAAGAGAUGCAAGAGAGCUUCAAAAAUAACAACAAAAGUCGAGAAUUCCCAGCUCACACAGCAAAAGUUCACUCGGUGGCGUGGAGCUGUGACGGCAGGAGACUGGCCUCCGGCUCUUUUGAUAAAACAGCCAGCGUUUUCGUCCUCGAAAAGGACCGUUUGGUGAAGGAAAACAACUACAGAGGUCAUGGAGACAGUGUGGAUCAGCUCUGCUGGCAUCCAACCAACCCAGAUCUGUUUGUCACAGCAUCAGGAGACAAGACCAUUCGCAUCUGGGACGUCCGCACCACCAAAUGCAUCGCCACCGUCAAUACGAAAGGAGAGAACAUUAACAUCUGCUGGAGCCCUGAUGGUCAGACCAUCGCUGUCGGGAACAAAGACGAUGUGGUGACCUUCAUCGAUGCCAAGACACAUCGCUCCAAGGCGGAGGAGCAGUUCAAGUUCGAAGUGAACGAGAUCUCCUGGAACAAUGACAACGACAUGUUCUUCCUCACGAACGGCAACGGCUGCAUCAACAUUCUGAGUUAUCCGGAGCUGAAGCCCAUCCAGUCCAUCAACGCUCACCCGUCCAACUGCAUCUGUAUCAAGUUUGACCCUACGGGGAAAUACUUCGCCACAGGAAGUGCCGACGCCCUCGUCAGCCUGUGGAACGUGGAGGAACUGGUGUGUGUUCGCUGCUUCUCCAGGCUUGACUGGCCUGUGAGGACACUGAGCUUUAGCCAUGAUGGAAAGAUGUUGGCCUCAGCCUCCGAGGAUCACUUCAUAGACAUCGCAGAGGUGGAAACGGGAGAGAAGCUGUGGGAGGUGCAGUGUGAUUCUCCAACCUUUACCGUGGCCUGGCACCCCAAGAGGCCGCUGCUGGCCUACGCCUGCGACGACAAGGAGGGCAAAUACGACAACAACCGGGAGGCGGGUACUGUCAAACUGUUUGGCCUUCCCAACGACUCCUGAGACAGAUGAGCUGAAUUCACUCACUCGUCUCAGAUGCUGCUUUGAAAUUUGGCUGCAAGUUGUGACAGUAACCUUUUGCCACCAGCAGAUGGCGCAGCUGUUCUAAGUUUCGUAUAAAGCUUCAUUCCCUGUAUUGACACGCCGAUAAACUCCCAGUGCUGUAAUAUAUUGUUUUUAUGUAAAAUAUACAUUGUUUUUGAUAUUAAAAUCGGUCUCUUUAUA